AUGCAUGGGGAAGAUGUUAAGGAAGAAGGAGAAGAAAUUAAGGAAGGAGAAGAAUAUGGAUGGGGAAGAGAUGGGGAAGAAGUGAAGGAAAGAGAAGAAGAUAAGAAAGAAGAAGAAGUUUUUGAUGGAGAAGAAGUUAAGGGUAAAGAAGUAAGUAUGGAUGGGGAAGAAGUUUGGGAUGGAGAAGAAGUUAAGGAGGGAGAAAUGAUUAUGGAUGGAGAAGAAGUUAAGGAGAAGAAAUUAGGGAUGACGAAGAAAGUAAGGAUGGAGAACAAGUUAUGGAUGGAGAAGAUGUUAAGGAGGAAGGAGAAGAAAUUAAGGAAGGAGAAGCAGUUAGGGAAAGAGAAGGAGUUUGGGAUGGAGAAGAAGUUAAGGAUGCAGAAGAAGUUAAGGAUGGAGAAGAAGUUUGGAAUGGAGGAGAAGAAUCGAAUUAAGGAUGCAGAAGAAGUUAAGGAGGAUGGAGAAGAGGUUAGGGAAGGAGAAAAAGUUAAGAAUGAAGAACAAGUUAGGGAAGGAGAAGAAGUUAAGGAUGGAGAAAUAGUUUGGGAUGGGUAA